CUCGCCUGGAUUCUCCAUGUUGUUGGUGCAAGAGUGAAGACUUCGCAGCGACGGGAGAGGGGGGCUGCUCGGCGACAUUACCAGUAAUAGUAGCGGUAAACCCGAGACGACGGAGCUGACAGAGUCUCAAAUAGCUUCCAAGAAAACAUAUCCAAGUGCCUUGCCCCCUCCCCAGGCGGACCUCCAAAAGAAGAACAAGAAGAGCGGCGGGGGAAUAAAGAAACAACAGGAACAAGAUAAAUCCUACUCUCGUCGAGGAUUGUUGCUGAGGCGGAUGACAAGUUACCUCAGUGAAUAAUUGAGUCCACUUGUCAAUAAAACCCAAUGAGGGAUGCCCAUCAGUGCCCGGGGACAGGAUUUGAGGAUUUUGAGGGCUCCGUGAUUGUCAGAUGGAAAGUUCUGUUAUCACCCAAGUGCAGAAAGAAGACGUUCAAGUGUCACCGAAAACAGGCCAGGUGAGCCGGUCUGCCCUGAAACAGCCGCGGAGUUGUAACAUCUUCAAAGCGCUCUUCUGUUGCCUCCAAGCUCAGGAUGGCCCCAAAACACCACCACCACUACCACCACCUUCCCAUCAGGCCUUGCUGGAGUCGCAGGAAAACGGGAUGGUUGUCAAGUGUGAACCCAGCCUCCUGCCUGAGGUGAAAGCCCAGGACCAGGGGAAGAUAUGUGUGGUCAUAGACCUGGAUGAGACCCUGGUGCACAGCUCAUUCAAGCCCAUUAGUAACGCAGACUUCAUCGUGCCUGUGGAGAUAGAGGGGACCACACACCAGGUGUAUGUGCUGAAGAGGCCGUAUGUGGACGAGUUCCUGCAGAGAAUGGGAGAGUUGUUUGAAUGUGUGCUGUUUACAGCGAGUCUCGCCAAGUAUGCAGACCCAGUGACCGACCUGCUGGAUCAGUGUGGUGUAUUCCGGACCCGGUUAUUCCGGGAAUCUUGCGUAUUCCACCAGGGCUGCUAUGUCAAAGAUUUGAGCCGUCUGGGCAGAGACCUCCACAAAACCCUCAUCCUGGAUAACUCUCCGGCCUCCUACAUCUUCCACCCUAAUAAUGCUGUUCCUGUGGUGUCGUGGUUUGACGACGUGGACGACGCCGAGCUGCUCAACCUUCUGCCUGUGUUUGAAGAACUUAGUCAAGCUGAUGAUGUCUACACCCGGCUGGACCAGCUUCGUGGACAUUAAGCUCUCGAUGGACCCGCUCAGCUCCUGUGAGAGCUCCAGCCUGAAACUUCCUCAACUACUACAGAACCAUAUAUUGAGAAUAGAUCCCAGAGUUUCGAGACGCUGUUCUCCUAGCCACUACACAAAAUCCUCUGUUUAGAAAAUGGUUUUACCGCGGGGGUUAAGGAAAUACCAAGCCUGGAAAACACAAUGCGUUUGGCUCAGCUGAAGCUGUAGAUUGCAAUCUGAAGCCUUUCCUCUGAACCUCAGUGCUCACAUUAUUGACAACCACUAUUUGAAAGCACUAUGAGGACGAGUGGGGAAACAGCAACCAAAGCAGUCCCAUCACAGUCACUCCGGUUAGUAUGGAUAUUAAAGUGGUUCUUUUGCCAAAGCAGAAGCCUGCCUGCCCUGACUUGACUUUUGGACAUUGCUCUUUUUUAUUUUAUUUUAUUUUUUUUGUUUUCAAUCAUUGUGCCUUUUUAAGGAACAACAAAAAAGCAUCAGCUGUUUUUAGAAAUUUCCACCAGAUUUUAUACAUUUAUUGAUUUCAUUUGUUUUAUAAGGAAAUCUAUUUUUAAACGGUGAACAUGAUUCUUCUAUGCAACCCAGUCCUGUAAUCACUCUGACAGUACCUCCUGAGUGGCCGGUCGAUAAUCGCAUUCAGCAGAUGUGAACAUCACUGUAGCCUUAUUCACCUGUAAAUAAGCAGCAAAACAAAAACUUAUUGUACUUAUUUGUACUAAAUUCAUAAUUUCUACCAAACAUACAAAUAUACAUCAAUAGUGCUCAGAUUGACCUUUCAUAUGUUGGAUUUAAGUUAAGUAAACAGGGUGUUAUCUUGUCUGUGAUGGCCCGUUGAAAGCAGACACACUGGAUUACGUUGGCACAUAAGGACGACCGUAAAUGCCACAGUUUUCAGUCAAGUUUGAACACGAGUUCAUUUGUUACUGUGCUUUUCUUUUUACUAUGUGACAAACAACUUGCACUUGGUUGCUGUUGACAGUGCUGAAAGUAAAAACUGUGCCUUUGAAAUUCGAACAGAGAAUGGUGUUCUGCCUGAAAAGAGAUUUGUAGGCCUGUACAGUCUGAUGUGUCAUGCUGAGCGUGAGAAAACACUGUCAAGAGCAAGUGUAAUGCCAUGUGGCUCUGGUACUUGCAGUGCAACACUUGAAAAUAUCAAAUUUAAAUUUUUUAGCAUGUGUGAAAGUUUUUUUUUUCAUUUAUUUACUCUGUACUGAGAGCAUUUGUCUUCAUUUAUUUAUUGGCCAAAAACCUGUUAUUGUCCAGUAAUGCUUAAACUUUUGUAUUGUAAUCCAUCAUUUGCCUACUGUUUAGCUGUUUUAUCUGUGCCUAAAUUACAGAUCCUGCUGUCUGAGUUGAAAAAAAAAAUUUAAGCAGUUAAAUCAAAUAAAUUCAUAUUAAUUUCUUUUCUGCAAUCAUAAAGAAUUAUUUUUCCAUUCCUUUAAAUUCAGUACAACAGAUGUUUUGUAGGGGUUCGUUUCCUGGGUAAUACGUCUUUUCUAUGGUGUUUCAAGUCUGAUGCAAUUAUUGCCUGCAUGUUAACUGCUAAAAUAUGACAAUGAAUUUCUACCAGUUGUGAUGACCAAAAGUAUUUGUUCAGAAAGUCACAAUUUGUCUUGAUGUAUCAGAAUAAAUGAAAAACUUGUUUUGUCUACCUUAUCUGACCAAAAUUCUAAAAGACAAGGUGCUACCUGUUUUUAACUUUAAAAUAAAAAUUGGUUAUAUUGUA